CAACCCCCUCUACACCCAUUACCCACCAUGGUAGACACUUUGGUCAUCAACUUCCCUGAUCUACCUCAACAGCUGUUUAUCUAAACUUGCAGCCCCUGAGUUGUGCAGCACCUCACAGUGAGUAGGGGAAAGGAGACUUGAAAGUAGGACAGAGCCGUCUGGCCCCUUUCCUUUCCAACCAGAAGCACAGAUUUGGGACUGGAGGAGAGAAGAUACUAGUCUUGGGUGGUGAGAGAAAAGGAGAAGAGAUUUUUGUGCUGCAGUCACUGAGGAAAGAAGCCCUAAGGACACAGACCAGUGUGUCUACAUUGCAGAACAUCCAGUUUUAUUAAGGUUUCCUAUCCUUUAUCAGGGGGAAAAUAUUCACUGAACAGAAAUCUCACCACCUGCAAACAUGCACAAGCGUACAAAGAUUAAGAUUGCCAUCUUUGUGUUGCUGGUGGGUAUGGCAUGCAUGUUCACGGCAGUGGUAACGGACCACUGGGCAGUUCUUAGCCCAAAGGUGGAGAAACUCAAUGAGACCUGUGAGGCGGCCCACUUUGGCCUGUGGAGGCUGUGCAAGAAGUACAUCUACAUCAGCUCAGAACACUACGACGAAGGGCACGGCUGCGGACCCAUCAGCCUGCCUGGAGACGAAAAUUGCACUUACUUCAGGCACUUCACUCCAGGACAGGAUGCUGAGAUAUUUGAAUAUAAAACACAAAAAGAGUACAACAUCUCUGCUGCAGCCAUCUCCAUCUUCAGUCUGGCCUUCAUGAUCCUUGGCUCUCUUUGUUUGGUGGGCUCAUGUACUGGUACAGGCAAAAAAAGAGACUACCUCCUUAAACCUGCUGGCAUGUUUUUUGCAUUUGCAGGUCUCUGUGCAUUCAUCUCACUGGAGGUGAUGCGUCAGUCAGUGAAGCGCAUGAUCGAGAGCGAGGAGACAAUUUGGAUCGAAUACUACUACGGCUGGUCCUUUGCUUGUGCCUGCACUGGCUUUGUCCUCCUCUUUCUCUGUGGCAUUGCACUCUUGUUCCUCUCCAUGCCUCAGAUGCCCAGGAAUCCAUGGGAAAACUGCAUGGACGCCGAGCCGGAACAAGUUGAGUGAUAGCAAGACAUACGGACAAAUGCAGGAAAAGAAUGACUUGUCUUUUAUUUUGAAUGCAGAUGUUAGAUUCAACGACAUCAGCUUGUCAUCAGAGAAGAAACCACAGUGUAAAGAGCGGCCCUUUGUAAUGCCUGCAAUUUUGUGUUGUAGGCCACAGUUGCUUAAAACCUGCUCUACUCGUCACUAAGAGCUUACAUUUCCCACAUGGGAUUUAGUAGUAUUUUUUAAGAUAUUCCUUUCCCCCUCCAACUCAUGAUUUAGUGCUGGCAUGUUUUUACUGGUGAAAAGUUACGAUAUUAUGACCAUGGUCUUACUAGCUCCCCCAUGUGUCACUCCUUAGUUAAAAAGACAAACAUUUUCAGCAUUAAUGGCCUGACAUCCAGGUCAGGUGAUUUUAUGUACUGCAUUAUGUAUGAUAUCGUGUACAUAGCUAAUGUGCUUCUGUAUUUUUUAUGGCAUCACUCCAAGAAGCCCUCUUAUACUGUCAAUUAAGUCAUUUUUUAGCCUAUAGCUUAAACUGUCUUAUCUCUAAUGAUAAAUAAAAGAAAGAAAAAA